GAUCGAUUUAGGUCCCCAGCUAAGCUUUCUUUCAUUUUCAACGGUAUGGAACUCUCCGUCAAGGGCAUUUUUCUGCUGAUUUGCAUGGCCGCCUAUACUCAGUGUGAUGAACUCCCAGUCGAAACACCGGCAGUAUCUAAAUCGGCGCCACUUUUAGCUCCUGUCCGUCCCCAGCCUCUUCUCCCACCUGCUGCUGUCGCCGCUAGCGCAGACUAUGGAUUCCGCUACGCGGUCAACGACUUUAAAGGCAACGAGCAUUCGCACCAGCAGAGACGCGUCGGCAAUUCAGUCACCGGCCAGUACAAAGUCUUGUUGCCCGACGGCCGAUUGCAGACGGUUACGUACAUCGCCGACGAGAACGGCUACCGGGCCAAAGUGGAUUACACUCCUGGCCGUCCGGGAGAGGCUACCACAGCUGGCCUUGGCGUCCCGCCGCCUCCGCAGCAAGGGCCAUUAAGACCCGGGCCAUUCAACGUUGUCCCGUUUGCCGCCCAGAAAAAUGCUGAUGCCGAAAUGGCCGCUGUUGAAGAGACGCAAGGACAGAGUCCGCUCCUGCGGCGAGGUGACGCCGUUACCAAGGAGGAUAUCCUUGAUGUUGAACAAGUUGAUCUUCCAUCAGUCGGCGAUGAUGCAAGUGAGGCGGAUGAAGAUCAUGAACGUCCGACUGUCAAGAGAGGCACCAGGAGACUCGGGUCCAUGGCACCAAUCAGGCUGGAGGCCUAUCCAACUUACAGCAGCCGAGCUGGCCGCGUUCGAUUCAACACGGAUUACACCAGAGAACCUCGGGUAGUCGGCCCCAUUCUCAGUUAUAGAUCACCCUACACCUUAGCCCGUUUCGCCUAUUAGUAUUGACUUUCCCCAAUCAACAGAGGGACUAGUACACGGUAUAUGAUUAAAGUACUCGUUCGUCGAAUGUCGACAGACUAAACAGAAACUAAAUUGAUUGAACUGCAAUACACCGGACCCAUUUUU